CCUGACAGCUUUGUUAUGGUAGUGUGACUGGGAACAAGAGGAUUUUGUUCACUGACGAAGUAGCCCAGCGAGAGAGGCCAGCAUUUAAUCAGUCUGUGUUUAUCUGUAAUCUACCGUGAUGUCGUUACAUUUCAGUGCCAAUCAGUAUGAUCAGGCAUUUCACCCCAAGCGUUUACAGAACUGGGAGGUUCCUAAACAGUUUCGAGAAAGGCCAAGAGCAUUUGAUGGAUUUACACAAAUUGUAGCUAGCAACAGAGGUCAUCUCCUUCAAGGGGUUAAAAGGUCAAGGGAAUCUCCAUGGGGAAACUUUGUUGGUACAUGGGACAUGCCUCUACAUAUACCAGGCAAUAAAAUGAUGAAUAGCACUGCCAGAGCCUUUCAUUCACAAGUGAGGUUAGAGAGAUGCAAGACAGAUGGGGACAUAAUCCUCAGUGGAAAACUAAAGAGGCCACAUGUACCUGACCCACUGCCAGUAAAAGCUGACAUGGAUGCCGAUAAAGGGUUGGAGGGAGUUCCUCCCAAACCACUGGAUCCCAUCCCUCCCUCCUCUCCUCUAGCUCCAUUAGACCCAAUUACGGCCUCCAAUGUAGCAGUUAAUGGUUCUCAGAGGUCAGGGGCCAAAAACCCUGAGCCAAUCACACGAGCCAGCCCCAAAUUGGCCCCCAUCAGCCCCACUGGCAGACCUGCGACAGGAGCUAAGACUCCCCUCGACUGGCCAAGACCAGCUUCUAGGGUCAAAUCUGCAACCCCCAAAGGAUCUCCAGAACCCGAAUUACAACAACUGUCUGCAGCGAAGUCCCCCGUGAACUGGCCCUCCCCUAAAGAACCAGAAAAAGUAGCAGCUUAGGCUGAGAAAAUGUAAGAUAAAAGAAGACUUUGAUUUGAAGCCUAAAAAAGAUUUUUGAAAAAAAUUCAGUGCUUAUCUAUUGUCACGACAUUAAAAUAAGAAAGGGAAAAAAGCAUGGAAAAAAAAUCAAAUAACUCAGAAAUUUUCUGGAUUAUAAGGUUUUAUAGUCUUUCUAAGGCAUUUAUAUUCUUUAUGAUUUGUCUGCACAAAUGUUUGAUUCAAAGUAUUGCAUAGUACAUGUAGUAUGCAGUACUUUUACUUAACACUGUGUGAUCUAGGUGUAUGUGAGGCUAACUUUUAUAUAUAUAUAUACAGAAUUUUACAUUCUCCUUGGACUCUGUGCAGGAAGAGAGAGAGAUGUUGAAAGAUUUAUGUACCUUUGUUUUUACAAGGUGUUUUAUAUGAGUAUAUUGAUUUGUUUUAUGGGAACAUGGGGUUCUAUUUCUCAUUACUUUAGCCACAUUCUUAUCAUGCAGUUUAAUAUUUAAAUCUUAAAAUAACAAAGAUUAAUUCUUG